AUGCCCAGCAACAUCGGUAUCAAGGCCAUCGAGGUCUACGUUCCUCAGAACUAUGUCAACCAGGCCGAGCUAGAAAAAUUCGACAACAUCCCCCAGGGCAAAUACACCAUUGGCUUGGGCCAGACCAAUAUGGCCUUUGUCUCAGACAGAGAGGACAUCUACUCGCUUUGUUUGACCGUGACCUCCCGUCUUUUGAAGAACUACAACGUGGAUCCUAAGAACGUCGGUCGUUUGGAGGUCGGCACAGAGACCCUUUUGGACAAGUCCAAGUCGGUCAAGUCCGUGUUGAUGCAGCUUUUCGGCGACAACGACGAUAUCGAAGGUGUCGACACCAUCAACGCGUGUUACGGUGGUACCUCUGCCGUCAUCAACGCGGUCAACUGGAUCGAGUCGCUGUCCUGGGACGGCAGAGACGCCAUUGUCGUUGCUGGUGACAUUGCCAUCUAUUCUCAAGGUGCCGCCAGACCUACUGGUGGUGUGGGUUCUGUGGCGCUUCUUAUUGGCCCAGAUGCUCCUUUGGUGUUUGACGCCACCCGUGGUUCCCACAUGGAACACGCCUGGGACUUCUACAAGCCCGACUUCACCUCUGAGUACCCAGUUGUCGAUGGCCACUUCUCCUUGACCUGCUACACCAAGUCCUUGGACCACGCCUACCGCAACUACUCCAAGAAGAUCACCAAGCAGGAGGGCAAGACCGUCGGCGUGUUGGACCACUUUGACUACUCGGCUUUCCACGUCCCCACCUGCAAGUUGGUGACCAAGUGUUUCGCUCGUAUGUUGUACAACGACUUCAGGUCGAACCCAGACGCCUUCAAGGACAAGCUUGCACCUGAGGUGUUCGAGGAGGUCUCCAACAUCUCCUACGAGCAGUCGUUGACCGACAGAAACUUGGAGAAGGUGUUCUUGGGCUUGGCCAAGGAAGAGUCCAACAAGAGAGUCACCCCAGCCUUGAAGGUCGCCACCAACACCGGUAACAUGUACACCGCCUCGUGCUGGACCUCUUUGGCUUCGAUCUUGUACUUUGUCGGCAACGAGGAAUUGCAAGGCAAGAAGCUUUCUGUCUAUUCUUACGGUUCCGGUCUCGCCUCCACCCUUUUGUCGCUUAACGUUGUGGGCGACAUCUCGGCCAUCACCAAGGUGUUGAACUUGGAGCACAAGUUAUUUGCCGGCAGAACCCAAAAGACUCCUCAGGAGUAUGUUGAUGCCAUCGAGUUGAGAGAGAAGAUCCACUUGAAGAAGGACUACAAGCCCACCGGCUCGCUUGACGACAUUGAUGCCGGCGUGUACUACUUGAAGGAGAUUACCGACAAGUUCCAGAGAGUGUACGAGGUGAAGCAGUAG